UCCCGCCCAGCGCCGCCGCGCACCGCAAUGACGUUGGCGCCCCCCAUUGGCCGCCCCGCUAGGGCUCCGCGGAUUGGCUGUCCCGGCAGAGCGGCCGCCGCGCAGCCCCGCCGAGCACCCCCAUUGGCUGGCAGCUGGCGUCGCCCUCGGGGCGGGAGAUUCGCGGGGCGCGGGUCUCGGCCUGCGCCCGCCAUGGAGCGGCUGCGGGACGUCCGAGCUCGACUGCAGGCGUGGGAGCGCGCUUUCCAGCGGAGGCGCGGGCGUCGGCCAGGCCAGGAGGACGUGGAGGCCGCGCCCGAGGAGACCCGCGCGCUCUACCGGGAAUACCACGCCCUGAAAGAGGCCUUGGGCAAGGCCGGCGACGUCGGGCUCCGCGGCCCCGAAAAGUCGCUUUCCGCGGCGGCGGCGGAGGUGCCGGAGUCCAGCUGCUGGGGGUCUCACCUGAAUCGGGCUGCGACUCGGAGUCCCCGUCCUCACCCAGGGCCGAGUCCCCAGGAAUCUGUCCAGGACUAUGGCCUGAGGCUUAAGGCCAAUCUAAAGGGCACCUUGCAGGCUGGACCACCCAUGGGGCGCAUACCCCGACCUCCGCGAAGACUCUUGUCCAAGAUGGCCUCCCCAGGACCACCAGGUGCAGAGGCUGUCCCCAGCUCUCCAGAAGAAGCCAGUGCGGUGGCCCCCCAGCCUCCCAGGCCCCAGCUGAAGCCAGGUCGGCUCCAGCAACUGCGGGAGUCCCUGAGCCUGCAGCUGGGCUCCCUAGACCCCGGCUGGCUGCAGCGGUGUCAUGACAGGGCCUCUGAUUUUCUGGGGGCUUCUAAGGACUGCCAGCUUGGCCUGGGUGCAGAGGAGUUGCAGCCUCCGACUUCAGGUGUCCCAACCAUCCCUGGGCCCAGCAUGGGCCCUCAGGCACCUUUAUGGGGCCUAGAGGUUCCAGCCCUACAGGCAGCUGGAGUCAGUGUAGGGAGUCCCCAGCAUGGCAACAGUCAAGACAAGAAGCAGAGACAGCGUGAGGAGGUAGAAGGGAGCCUUGCACAGGACCAGCAGGAUGGCAACCAAGUGGGACACCCAUCUAAGAGAGCAGGGGCCAUGGCACAUGCAGAAGGCUGUCCAGGGGAUCCCAGGCAGGCACAGCCUCCCAGCAGCCCCACAGCCCCCAGGCCAGCCAUCGGGAGAGGGGGUAAUUACGUGCGGCUCAGCAUGAAGCACAAACGCUACGUGCGGGGCCAGGCCCUGCAUGGCAGGCUCCUCCGCAAGCAGGUGUGGAAGCAGAAGUGGCAGAAGAAAGCGAAGUGUUUUGCGGGUGUUCAGCCCAGAGCCACAGUUAAGGAUUCUUGCCUCUGUUGUGGGCAGCACGGCCACUGGGCAUCCCAGUGCCCCCACCCCGAAUCUGUCCUUGCUGCCCAAAAGGUGGGUGGUAAGAAUGAGGAUACCGUGCAGACCCUGCCCACGUUGGAGGAAGUAGCCCAGAGUGGGGGCACCGCCUACUGCCAACUCCUUGUGGCUGAGGAAGGCACAGAGCCUGCUGGGCCUGAGCAGAUGGUGCCUAUGGAGCAGCGUGUAUCCCAGGCGCCCUGCCCACCCCACAGAGUGCUGCCACUCUACCCUCUGGGACCCUCGGGGCAGGUGGUAGAGACACCAGCUGAGGUUUUCCAGGCACUGGAGCAGCUGGGGCACCGAUCCUUCCGGCCGAGGCAGGAGCAUGUGGUCAUGCAGAUCCUGUCUGGUGUGUCCACACUACUGGUGCUGCCCACUGGCGCUGGCAAGUCGCUGUGUUACCAGCUCCCGGCACUGCUCUACGCCCGGCGAAGCCCCUGCCUUACACUUGUGGUUUCUCCUCUCCUGUCACUCAUGGACAACCAGGUGUCUGGCCUGCCCCCAUGCCUGAAGGCGGCCUGCAUCCACUCAGGCAUGGCCAGACAGCAGCGAGACUCUGCCCUGAGAAAGGCUUGGGCGGCCCAGGUGCAGGUGCUGAUGCUGGCCCCCGAGGCGCUGCUUGGGGCUGGGGCCUCCGCCUGCCUGUCUCGGCUGCCCCCAGUCGCCUUCGCCUGCAUCGAUGAGGCCCACUGCCUCUCUCAGUGGUCUCACAACUUCCGGCCUUGCUACCUCCGCAUCUGCAAGGUGCUACGGGAACACGCGGGCGUGCACUGCUUCCUGGGCCUCACAGCCACUGCCACACGCAGCACCUCCCGAGACGUGGCUCAGCACCUGGGUGUGGCUGAGGAAUCUGUCCUCAGGGAUUCAGUCAUCAUCCCCAGCAACCUGCACCUCUCUGUGUCCAUGGACAGGGACCCAGACCAGGCUUUGGUGACACUGCUGCAGAGCAACCGUUUUCAUGCCCUGAACUCUGUCAUCAUCUACUGCAAUAGACGAGAGGACACGGAGCGCAUCGCUGCACUGCUUUGCACCUGCCUGCCUAUGGUCCAGGGCUCAGGCCCCAGAGGCCAAGUCCCCAAGGCUGUGGCUGAAGCCUACCACGCCGGCUUGUGCAGCCGGGAGCGGCGGCGGGUGUGGAAGGCCUUCACGGAGGGUCGGGUGCGUGCUGUGGUAGCCACAGCAGCCCUCGGCAUGGGACUGGACCUGCCAGAUGUGCGGGCAGUGCUGCACCUGGGGCUGCCUCCCAGCUUCGAGAGCUACGUACAGGCCGUGGGCCGGGCUGGGCGGGACCAGCAGCCUGCGCACUGCCACCUCUUCCUGCAGCCUCAGGGUGAGGACCUGCGGGAGCUGCGCAGACACGUGCACACUAAUGCCACUGACUUCUGGGCUGUGAAGACGCUGGUGCAGCACUUGUUCCCGCCCUGUACCUGCACCCAGCGUCCCCCAAAGCCCGAGGGGGACAAGAGCCAAGGAAAGCCUUCUGCUGAGGUCAUGUCCCCAGGGGAGGCCCAGGCCCACAACGAGCACAUGGUGCGGUGCCCUGGCCACAAGCGGGCACUCCCAGUGCAGCUGCUGGUGCAGGCCCUGGACAUGCCUGAGGAGGCCAUUGAAACCCUGCUGUGCUACCUUGAGCUGCACCCCAAGCGUUGGCUGGCACUGCUGGCACCCACCCACUCCCACUGCCACUUGCACUGCCCCAGGGGCCCUGGCCAGCUCCAUGCCCUGGCUAGCAGGUGUCCCCCCCUGGCUGUAUGCCUGGCCCGGCAGCCACCUGAGGACACAGCAGGGGGAAGCUGCUCUGUGGAGUUUGAUGUGGUUGAGCUGGCGGACUCCAUGGGCUGGGAGCUGGCCCGUGUGCGGCAGGCCCUCCACCAACUGCAGUGGGGCCCAAAGCCCAGGACAGGCAUGCCCCAGGGUUCGGGGGUGCUGGUGGAGUUCAGAGAGCUGGCCUUCCACCUGCACAGCCCUGGGGACCUGACAGCCCAGGAAAAGGACGAGAUCUGCCACUUCCUGUACAGCCGUGUGCAGGCCCGCGAGCGGGAGGCUCUAGCCUACCUGCGCCAGACUUACGGUGCCUUUCACAGCGUGGCUUUCCCCAGCUGUGGGCCUUGUUUGGAGCAGCCAGACGAAGAGCGCAGUGCCAGGCUCAAGGCCCUGCUCAGCCACUACUUCAGGGAGGAAGAGGGGCUGGGGGCCAUGGAGGACGAGCAGGGGCCAGAGCCAGGAGAGGUCGGGCUCCAGGCCUGGGAGGACAAGGUCCGCCAGGACAUCCGCCGCCUCCUGUCCACAUGGCCAGAGCAGCAGUUUUCAGGCAGGGCUGUGGCCCGUGUCUUUCAUGGCAUUGGGCUGUACCUCCUGCUGCACUGCAGGAAGCCCUCGCUACCCAGCCCAGGUGUAUGGGCGGGACCGGCGCUUCUGGAGGAAGUACCUGCAUCUGAGCUUCCCGGCCCUGAUGCACUUGGCCACGGAGGAGAUCCUGCUGUGGGGCCGCUGACCUGCCCUACAUGGGAGGGUGGGUGUGAGCAGGGGCUGCAUGGCCACAGUGUGGAGGGCCAGGUGUAGUUGCUCCUGAAGGCAAAGGGGGCAUCAGUUGCCAGAAAGGUGACUCACCACCGACAGUGUAGGGGCAAGGAAGCCCCAAAAUACAGAAUAAAAGAU